CAAGGACCAGUCUGGCCUUAAUAAUUGCUUCUCAAUACAAUUCUCACCUAUAAAUCCCUCUCUCAAUUAACACUCCACUCCACUUUAUAUCAGUCACUCUUCCAUCUCUCUGCUUCAUCAAAUAUUUACUCUCCUCUCUUGUUCUUCUUCUUGAGAAGCACCACCUUAUAGUUAACCUUCCAUAUUUUUCAGAUCCAUUAAAGCUCUCUCCUUUUCUCAAUCAAUCCCUCAAACAUUUCAUAUACAUGAAAAACACAACCUGGGUUUUCCUUCUUUUCAUCUAUUUCUUACAUUUCAGACCCAUAUUCCUAUGACAUACGUUUUAUAGUAACUUCUUCCCACUUCUUUACAACAAAAGUACUUUCCAAGAAAACAUUUUCUCGGGAAAAUACUUUCCAGGAGAAACAGGUUUUGGGUUUGUUUGCUGGUAGCUUGCUCAGUGAGAUUGAGUGUGGUUGUUGCAUUGCAUUCUUUUUUGGUUUUGGGCGAUUUGGUCAAUACGUGGCAAACAAGUAAGCAUGGAUAUUGGUACGGCCUUUCUGGUUUUGACGGCCAUCACAGCUUAUUUACUUUGGUUCACCUUCAUCUCACGGUCCCUGAAAGGCCCACGUGUCUGGCCCUUAUUGGGCAGCCUCCCCGGCCUCAUAGAAAAUUCCGACCGCUUGCACGACUGGAUCUGCGACAACCUACGCGCCUGCGGCGGCACGUAUCAAACAUGCAUCUGCGCCAUUCCCUUCCUCGCCAGAAAGCAGGGCCUCGUGACUGUCACGUGCGACCCGAAGAAUCUGGAGCACAUACUGAAAACCCGGUUCGACAAUUACCCCAAGGGCCCCACUUGGCAAUCCGUGUUUCAUGAUCUUUUGGGCCAAGGCAUCUUCAACUCAGAUGGCGACACGUGGCUGUUUCAGAGGAAGACGGCCGCACUGGAAUUCACAACCCGGACGCUCCGCCAAGCCAUGGCUCGGUGGGUCAGCCGAUCCAUCAAGCUGAGGUUCUGCCCGAUUCUUAAAUCGGCUGAGCUUGAAUCCGAGCCUGUUGAUCUUCAAGACUUGUUGCUUCGGCUCACUUUCGACAACAUAUGCGGCUUGACUUUCGGGAAGGACCCACAGACUUGCGCGCCGGGGUUCCCGGACAACGGCUUCGCCUCGGCUUUCGACCGAGCCACCGAAGCCUCGCUACAGCGUUUUAUUUUGCCCGAAGUGCUGUGGAAGCUGAAGAAGUGGCUUGGGCUUGGAAUGGAAGUCACGCUGAGCCGAAGCCUUGUGCACAUUGAGGAGUAUUUAUCCGAUGUGAUUGCUUCCCGUAAGCUCGAGUUGCUGAAUCAGCAGAAAGAUGGAAACCCACAUGAUGAUCUGUUGUCAAGGUUUAUGAAGAAAAAGGAGAACUAUUCAGAUACUUUUCUCCAACACGUGGCACUCAAUUUCAUCCUAGCUGGACGCGACACAUCAUCGGUUGCGAUGUGCUGGUUCUUUUGGUUGGUCACUCUGAACCCAAUAAUCGAAGAUAAAAUCUUGCACGAAAUCUGCACCGUUCUGAUCGAGACACGUGGUGAUGAUGUGGCUAGUUGGUUGGAGGAGCCUUUGGAGUUUGAGGAAAUUGACCGAUUGAUAUACUUGAAGGCAGCAUUGUCCGAAAGCCUUAGGUUGUACCCUUCCGUGCCUGAGGACUCAAAACAUGUUGUGCGCGAUGACAUUUUGCCCGACGGGACAUUCGUGCCCGCCGGAUCAUCGGUGACCUACUCAAUAUACGCAACGGGGCGGAUGAAGUCCACGUGGGGGGACGAUUGCCUAGAGUUUCGACCAGAGAGGUGGUUAUCUUUAGACAGUAAGAGGUUCAUAAUGCAUGACUCAAAUAAAUAUGUAGCAUUCAAUGCCGGUCCAAGAAUAUGUCUUGGAAAGGACUUGGCAUACUUGCAAAUGAAAUCGGUAGUGGCGUCAGUGUUGCUCCGACACCGGCUAACUCUGGUGCCGGGCCACAAGGUGGAGCAGAAGAUGUCAUUGACAUUAUUCAUGAAGCAUGGACUCAUGGUGAAUGUGCACCCUAGGGAAUUAGGGGCAAUUGUGGCAAGGGCAAAGAAGGACAUGGAGGCAAAGUUGCAAGGGCAACAGUGUGUUGGGGUUAAAUGUAACGGCGUUAAUGGCGAAGCGGUAGUUGGGGUGGCUUAAGAGGAUGGGGGUUUUAAUUUUGGGUGUUGAGGGUAGGCCGUGUUAUGAAUGUGGUGUUAUUUAUGGAGUGGUGGAACCCAUGAAGAUGAAGACUCAGAGCAUAGAUGGAGGAAUUGGGAAGCAAAGAUCAUGUGGUUCAAUUAAAUGUUUUGUAAGUGUGUUGGGUCACAACAAGCAAAUUGGUCUUUUCCACUACACAAGGGGGUACAGUUUCUCUCUCACAAAUUCAUCAGCUUAGAGAGAGAGAGAGAGAGAGCAUCUAGCUUUCCCCUUGUAGGGAAAACAAAAAGCAAAAAAAAAAAAAAACAAAGAAAGAAAAAGAGCUUGCAAAAUUUUAUUUUACAUUAAGAUUCUUUAUGUUCUUGUUUGUUCAAAUUUCAUAAAUUUACAUUUAUCCAUAUUUAUUACUAUUCA